AUGGCUAAGAACACAUUAAUGGAGGAGCUCGCCGAGGACAUUGCAAGCAAGUUCGGCGAAGGCAGAGACGUUCCUGCAACUACCUUCCAACCGCACAGCAAAAUCGGCCCUGGGAGCCGAUGGCAUAACCUACCAAGCUUUGAGAAACCUCCCCCAUGUGGUUCCCAGGUCCUUCUGAAUUAUAUCAGCAACGUAUGGGUAUCGGGUAACGUGCCUGCCGAGUGGCGAGAGAGUGUCAUAGUUCCCAUUCUAAAGAAGGGGAAACCAGUCAACGACAUACGAUCCUAUCGUCCCAUGUCCCUCAACUCAUGUAUCGCCAAACUCACAGAGCGCAUGCUGCUCAGGCGACUGUCAUGGUACCUGGAAGCCAAAACUAUCCUUCCAGACCAAAUGACGGGAUUCAGAACACACCUAAGUGGUGCUGACGCACUAUUAGAUUUCAUCUCCGACGUGGACAGUGCCACAAAGUGCAAAAAGAGGGCCGCAGCGGUUUACUUCGACGUCGAAUGUGCCUUUAACACGGUGUCAACUAACAUAGUGAUGCAGGCCCUCGGUACAGCCAACAUCGCAGGGAGGCCCGCCGUUUUCAUUCAUGGUUUCCUCAGUGACCGUACAUUUAGGGUCCGCCUGGGAACCACACUCAGCUUACCGAGACGCCAGAAUCUUGGGUUACCUCAGGGAUGCCGCAUCCGCACUACAAGUAUUGGAGCAGCUCCACAGAAAGGGUUUAAGGAAUGCCCUCGGCAUCCCAGUCUUUGCACGAAACGAGGCUGUGUACGCGGAGGCCCCAGCCCUGCUCUUCUCCCGCUGGUCACUCACCAACUCCUCAGGCAGAUCACGCGACUCCACAAGACCGUCGCUGGUAAAUCCCUCAUCGCCAGGGUACAGAGUCGCACACACUCCCGCUUUGCGGCCACUACCCGCACCUUCACAGAGGUAGUGCCCACACCCCCUGCAAUGCCUCGCCAAGAACCUCCCUGGACAUACACUGAAGUUCGGGGCGAACUGUGCUCAGCCGGUGUUAAGAAGAAAAGUCAGCUUUCGGACACGGUCGUCCAACGCCUCGCUGCGGAGUGCCUCCACAACAACCAUGGUCAAGCCACGCACGUUUACACAGAUGCCAAUGUAGACAAACAGGCCGGAAUAAUUGCUACCGCAUACUGCAUCCCCUCGCUCAAACUCAACUGUGCAGAAAGUCUAGUCGGGGAGCUAACAUCGACAGACGCGGAAUUGCUAGCAAUAACAGAAGCGCUGAAGGCUGCAGAACACCGCAACUUACUCAACAUUGUCAUCAUCACGGACUCACGGGGCGCUAUUUCUCGCAUCAAACACCACUACGAAAGAUGGUGCUUCGCAGGAGAGGCCCGGAUGCACAUAGUACGGCUUCAAUCGCGGGGCACUGCGGUAUCGCUACAGUGGAUGCCUUCCCACAAGGGCAUACCAGGCAAUGACCACGCUGACUCUCUGGCAAAAGCAGCCGCGAGAACCAGGCCCAAAGUUAAAGCUCCCCCAAGCAACUUCUGCUGCUCGAAAUCAAUUAGGGGGUAUGUGUGGAUGCUGCACCCUGGCAAGCGCACGAGAGACGAAUCUUCACCACCACUCUGUGCUACUGGUGGCCUCUCCAGGGCCGAGGCUUCCCUCCUUCUCCGCAUCCGUUCUCGCAGUGCCUACACACGGGCCCACGUCUUCAAGCUCGGCCGUACCCCGAACCCUGGAUGCCCGCACUGUAGGGAAACAGACACGGAGGAGCACGUUAUUAUGGAUUGCCCAGCCACAUCGGAAGCAAGACGCAGGGUGCAGCAAACUGUGCAGCCUACCGGCAAGCCUGAUCUCGAGGAGAUUGUCUAUCCUCGUGGCAACCUUCAUCGUCGGAAGCUCAUCCAAAGGGCUCUUCUGGACUUUUUCAAGGUCGACUGGACCCACAAGGGCGACUGUAGGAACACGUGA